AUGUCGUCCCUCUCGCUCCAGAAGCGGUUGGCCGCGUCCGUGCUCAAGGCGGGCAAGAACCGCGUGUGGAUGGACCCCAACGAGACGAACGAGAUCUCGAUGGCGAACUCGCGCCAGAACAUCCGCAAGCUCAUCAAGGACGGCUUCGUCAUCCGCAAGCCCGUCGUCGUGCACUCGCGGAGCCGCUGCCAGCGCCACCUCGACGCGAAGCGCAAGGGCCGCCACACGGGCCUCGGCAAGCGCAAGGGUACGGCGAACGCGCGCAUGCCCAUGAAGGUCCUCUGGAUGCGGCGCCAGCGCGUGCUCCGCCGCCUGCUCCGCAAGUACCGCGAGGCGAAGAAGAUCGACCACCACCUCUACCACGACCUCUACAUGCGCGCCAAGGGCAACCAGUUCAAGAACAAGCGCGUGCUCAUGGAGUCGAUCCACAAGCUCAAGGGCGAGAAGGCGCGCGAGAAGGCGCUCGCCGACCAGGCCGAGGCCCGCAAGUCCAAGGCCAAGCUCAAGACCGAGCGCAAG